AUGGCGACGCACGUGCAGGCAGACAACACGACCCAGACGAGCUUCGGCCGCAAGCUCUGGCUGUUGGUGGCACCGGAUGCCAAGAAGGACGAGGAUGGUCGCGAUAACUUCAACUCGCGCUCCCAGUUUGUGCUUUGCGCCAUGGGCGGUGCGGUCGGUCUCGGAAACCUUCUUCGUUUCCCGUCAGUCGUGUACAACAACUACGGUCUUCAGUUCUUCAUCCCUUACCUCUUUGCCCUUUUCUGUAUCGGUAUCCCCAUCCUCUGCCUCGAGAUUUGCCUGGGCCAGGCGUACCGUGGAGGAUGCGUGACGGCAUGGAACAACAACAACCACCGUGCCAAGGGUGUCGGCUUUUCCAUGGUCUUUAACGGAUAUUCCGUCAGCGGUUACUACGUUGCCAUUCUCGCCUACGCAAUGAGCUACUUUCGUCGCUCGUUCGAGAACCCUCUCCCCUGGCAGGGCAAGGAUACGGUAGAGUACUUUUUUGAGGAAAUCACCCAUCGCGUCACGCCCGUUGGAGAGUAUGGAACCAUGAUGUACUAUCCCAGCAUGCGUGUCGUUGGCGAGCUUGCUGGAUGGAGUUUCCUCAUCUGGUUCGCUUCGUGGAUUUGCACCUUCAAGGGUGUCGGUAUGACCGGCCGCGUUAUUUACGUCACCAUGGCCCUUCCGUUGAUCAUGAUUGUCAUCCUGGCUGUCCGCUCAUUGUCUCUCCCCAACGCCUCGGAUGGCUUCCGCCUGUACCUCGGAGUCUGGCGCAGCGAGUCCCUCGCCGGUCCCACCGUUUGGCAGGAUGCCUUCGGUCAAAUGUUCUUCUCUAUCGGCGUCGGCUUUGGCUACUUUACAUCUUACGCAUCAUACAAUUCCAAGUUUGCCAACGCUGUCCAGGAUUCCUUCAUCAUUGCGCUCAGUAACUCGGCCAUUGAGAUCGUCUCUGCGCUGGCAGUCAUGGGCAUUGUCGGUUUCCUUGGACUGGACUUUGAGACUACUGGACGACUCGGAACCUUCAGUUCGGGCUUUUUCUACUACCCGCGUGCUCUUGUUGAGAUGCCGGGCGCCAACUUUUUCUCGGCCCUCUUCUUCCUCACCCUCGUCUGCCUCGGCUUGACUUGCGUCUUUGCCCUUUACGAGGUCCUGGUCACCAUGAUCUGCGAUUCUGAUUGGGGCAAGCGCGUGCCGCGCUGGGCCGUCUCGACCACGGUCAUCAUUGCCUCGUACCUCAUCACGCUCCUCUACUGCACCGAGGUUGGUUUCGCCUUGCUCGACGCCGUGGACGGCUUCGUCAAUGACUUGGCCCUGUUCUUCACCGUCUGGUGUGAAUGCAUGUUCGCCACCACCCUUUACCGCUGGCGCGAUGCCGUCGACCAGGUUGGCGUCGUCAGCUACUCGCUCUACAACGGCGGCUUCGUCCUUGCACACUUUGUAGGCUUGCUGAUCGCCCACUUGGUGAGUGCUGAGGCUGGAGCGGGUGCCGGCUUUGGAAUCUUUAUCGCCGGCGCUCUGGCGUCUGCCGUUAUUGGCAAGACACCCACCGUCGCCGCACCGCGCUUCUGGGGUAGCAACACGAUGCUGUGCCGCUUUUGGUACAACGCAUUCUACUCGGGCAAUCAGCUCAAGCGUGACCUUAACCGUGUCAUCGCCAACGGCAACAACUGGAAACUUCACUGGGUCUGGCCCAUCUGCCUCAAGUACGUCACGGCUCCAGCCGUCGGCAUGGUAUUCACGUUUGCGUACCCCAAGUUCCUCAACAUGGACCCCUCGGGCGACAUGAUGCGCAACAACCCUCCGUACCUCUACUCGUUCAUCCUGAUGCACAUCGUCGUCCUCUUCAUCGUCGGCCUGUUCAUCUUCCCUCGCUUCUUCAACUUCCUCAUCCCCGAGACGCGCAGGGAGGACGGCAAGUGGCGCGAGGUCAUGCCGCAGGUCACCGUCGGCGGCGGGCCCGAGCUGGUGGAAGAGGGCAUCGAGAACGCCGCGGGAGGACUUGGAGGAGCAGGACAGGGCGUCAGGGGCGGUGGCGUCGUCGGCAGCGGCAGCAGCAGGGACGGCGAGAUUCAGGAGUCCAAGGGCCUGAACAGCCAGAGGGUCCAGGAGCCGAGCGACGAGUACGUCUCGGAGCCCAAGGGUGCCUACGUCGACAGGUCCUGA